UUUUUUUAAUUAAAAAAAGUUUUAAAACCACCAAUCUGCACAUAGGACACUGAAAAUUGGUAGUUUAAUUUUAAAGAAAUUAGUAUAACUUGAUUUAUUUAUGGUGUUGUGAGUUUAAUUUUCGUCGAGUCUGAAGUAGAAAUGUGCUAGAACUAACCGAAUAUAACGUACUAUUUAAUCGGACAGUACUUGGUAGGUUACUGCGACUGCGUUUUGAGCUUCGAGGAGGGACAGUGACACGGUUGUAAAUGAUUAUAACGAUGUUGGUUGAACCAAGAAGUAAAUGAACCAAAAAGUGAAGUAGUUCAAAUUUUAAGCUACUUAUGUUUAGAGAAUAAUUCAAGAUACUUAUUACACAAUGGCGGAAAGUGCAGCUAAAAUUCUUCUUCAGACAUUAACUCAAGAAGAAUUGGAUACUGUGCCAGAGUCCGUUCGCAUUAAAAUUGAAGUUUGUGUGAAUGACCACCUAGAAAACUACAUAACCUCUAGAGCUGUUUUUGAAACUACAAGAACUUCAAAUGAGGAGAAGAUAAAAACUUUAACUGAACAAAUAACUGAACUAGAAAAAAGUCGUGAUGAACUAAAAAAUGAGUUUUCUGCUCUUAAAGAUGAACUUGUGGAAGUCCAGCUCAAUCUUGAGACAUCAAAAAAGGAUAAUGAAAAUCUUCAAGAAAUUAUCAAGAAACAAGAAACAGAUUGCCUGGAGUAUCGUAGGCAACGUGAUCUUGCAGUCGAUGAGAGGGAUGAGGCAGUCAAAAUGCUGGAGCGACGGGACAACAACCUUCAACGGUUACAGGAGGACAUGGCCACCCUCACCAAUCAACUACAAUCAGCUGUACAAGCCAAGUGUGAGGCUCUCGCCAAUGUUGACGAAGUGGAGAGCGUAAAACUGGCUCUGGAUUACAGAGAGAAGAGGUUGGAUCAAGAACGUGGACUUUUAAACCAGCAAGUGCAGAGUCUGACAGAGGACCUCGCCAAGCAUACAGCUGAUAUGACCAACAUGCGUCGAGAGUACACCAACAACUUGGUCACCCUACGUACUCAGCUGGCUGAGAAAACUGAGGAGUUGAAGAUCGCUACUUCCACUAACAAGCAGUUAUCUGAAACUAACUCUACAUUGAAUCAAAGAGUGGAGGCUUUGACUCAAAGGCUGCUAGGACAGUGUGAGAGUGAGAAUAAAAUGAAUGAGAACUAUCAACAAGAGAUUCGUGCCCAAACUAAGCUUGCUGAACUAUACAAAAGUCUAAGUGAAGAUGCCACAGCGAAAAAUGAGGAAUUGACAGAAGCCGUGAAGGAGUUGCAGAGACUGCUGAAGGAGGCUACGGACCAGUAUGGAGACCUAGAGACAAAACUUAGAGAGAAAGAGGUGGCUUUAGAAGUCACCACAGAGAAAAAGAAUUUGUGCAUACAAGAGCUCAAAAAGGAGUUGGAACAUGCCAAUGAACUUAUAGAAGCAACAAAAUUACAAUCAAUAGAAAAGGCAGUGGAAAGCCUGUCCCCGGCGGCGGCGGCGACAAGUCGUUUGCUGAAGUCUGGCAUCACUCUGACACAGCUCUAUAUGCAGUACGCUGAAGCCUCUGAACAACUCAUGCUGGAGAGGGAGGAGAACAAGAGACUCAACCAUUCCAUCAAUACUAUACUUCAAGAAAUCGAGCAAAAAGCUCCACUUCUAAAGAAACAACGAGAAGAUUAUGAUUAUGCAAUGACAACAGUAGAGAGUCUGACAUCUAGAAUGGAUGAGAUGGAAGUGGAGACUUCAAGACUAAGGUCUGCCAACCUGGAAGCUGAAAAAGUAGCAGCACAUUUCAAGAGGGAAAAUAAAAGGCUUCAAGAGACCCUCUCUGAUUUGGGUCGUCAGGUAUGUUUCCUGCUGAAGGAAGUGGAAGAAUCAAGAGGAAAUGCUGUGGAGAUGACCAGAUCUCCAGGGAGAGUGAGCGGGGAACUCACAACAUCCUCUCAGGUGAUCUCGAAACAUCUGGUGACUUUCAAGGAUAUCGAGGAGCUGCAGGUGACAAACCAGAAGCUGCUUUCAGUAGUGCGGGAGUUGAGUGAGAAGCAAGAGCAGGCAGAGAAGGAGAAGGGUUCACAGCUGGUGGAGCAGCUGGAGGGCAAGCUGCGGCUAGCAGAGCAGAGGAUUAUUUCUCUCAGUGAGUCAGAAGUUCACUAUGUCAAAGCAAUGGAGGUCAUCAAAGGUCAGCGGGAAAUGUACCGUACUCUCUUCCAGCAACAGGUGGCUGGACUGCCUCAGGCCAAGGUAGAAGAGUUGGAGAACUCAGUGAACCAACAGCAGUCACCUGGCAGGGCUACCGUUCCGUCCACACCAGAGCUGAACCAUUCUACUCCUGCCAAAUCUACUUCUCCAGGCCAACAGGCCAAGCUUGAAAUGCUGGAGGAAAGGUUGAAGGAGAAAACAAAAGAGUUGCAACAACUACAAGAAGACUUCAACACCUACAGGAAGGAGAGGUCAACCAAUGAACGGAUGCUGAACGAGUCACUGGAGAAGGCGAGGGAUGAGUUGCGGGCUCUGGCAGUUAGUAAGACAGAGGUUGUGGCCAAGGCGGAGUUGGCUGAAGAGAGAUUCAAGGUGCUCAAGGCCAAUGCUGACUCAUACAAAUUACAGAUCCAAGCAUUGGAGAAGAAGAACAAUAACUAUUCUGUGACCGUUGCUAAAUAUGAGCAGUCCAUCAGCCACAUGAAAGAUGAAUGUGUGGCAGCCAAUGCUAAAUUGUCCAGAGCUGAAGUUGGAUUAGAACAUUUACGGCGAGAGUAUCAGCUGUUGAAGGAGUCUGAGGCUCGGCUAGUGCGGGAACGGGAGGCGACAAAGCGGCAGGCCAGUGGGCAGGCUAUGCUGAUGGCCAACCUGGAGAUGAUCAAAGCCAGCUUCGAGCGGACUGAGGCUGAGAGCAAAGUCAAGCUGGAAGCCAAGCUGGAGGAGGCUCAAAAAGAAUGUUCUGCUCUUAGAAGACGGCUUCAGGAGGAGCAGGAUAGGUUUAGAGAGAGGACGGACGCACUUGAACGCUCUACGGAGGCAGCCCGUAGUCGGCUGGAUGAGGAGAAGGAGAUCUCACACCAGCUGCGUACACAGGUGGAGACCUUGCGGCAGGAAUUGCGAGUUAGUAAGGAGGCGGUAGAGCAACUCAACACCAAAGUGCGCACCACCUCACACAAGGUGGUCCCUGACCCAGAGACUGAAAAGCGAGCAUCACAGCUAGAACAGCAGCUGGCAGAGAAGGAUGGAGAACUAGCCUGUCUGCGGGAACAGCUAGCUGCAGCUAAGAAACAUGCCCAGGAACUCUCAGACAUCGCUCAGAGUUCGGAGAAACAGCUGCUGGAAGUGACUGCCCUGCACACUAAAUACCAAGAAGAUUCAGAGGCCAAAUUGAAAGUACUGAACGCAAGAGAGGUUGAAAUGAAGAAGGCUAUAGUAGAGUUGGAGGGGCGAGUGGCCAGUCUAUCCACAGCCCAACAGGAGUCUGCUAGUAGUCUGGAUGGUAGGCAAGAGGAGUUGACCUCGGCCACCACAGAGUUGGCAACACUGCGUGCUGAGGUGACCACCCUGCGCCAGGAGCUGACAGCCACCCGAGUCGCUUACCAAGCAGCAGAGGAGAAGUACAGUCAUGAGAUGCUGCUGCAUGCUGAUGACAUGCAGGCAAUGAACAAAGUGAAGAAGAAGCUGAGUGAUGUGCUGGGCCGAGUGUCUGCCUUGGAGACCGAAAGGGAUGAGGCAGUGGAGGCCCUAAGGUUGGGUCGUGAGAGUUGGACAACCAGCGAAACAGGACUGCGUAGCCAGCUAGCAGAUCUCAAUGAGCGGUUACUCGACCUCGACAAGCAGAACAAUCUAUUGCACGAACAGCUUCAGGAGUUGGGUCUGAAGGUUGCAGUAGUUCACUCACAGGGUAAUGUGUCUUCUGCGUCUCUGGACACUUCAAUGGAUGACGACACCCGCAGCUCUGAUCAUUUGCUACAGGUACUCAAGUAUAUUCGGCGUGAGAAGAACAUAGCGAUGGCUGAAGCUGAGGCCUUGCGAGCGGAGAGCUUGCGACUAAAAGCUCAGCUGGAACUGACCAGUCGACAAUUAACUGAGGCACGGGAAUUGCUUGAGUCUGAGCGCAAUCAGAGUCAGGUCCACCUCGUCACAACAACCAAACACGAGGAACUAUUACGCAAGGUGGACACACUGAAUGCCCUUACAGACAGCAAUAGAGUAUUGCGGGAGGAGAGGGACAGGCUAGCAGAGCGGGUGGCCACCCUUGAACAGGAAUUGGCGAAGAUGGAGACAGAAGUUGUUGUGCCUUAUAAGGAGCAGGUGGUCAAGUUGAAAAAUCACAUAGAACAUGUUACCACCGAGAACACAGCCAUCAAGGCUGAGGCUGCCAGAUGGAAAAAUAGGGCUAACUCGCUGAUUGAGAAACAGAACAAAAACAGUCCAGAAGAUUUCAAGCGGUUAACCUUAGAGAAGGAAAAUUUGACUAAACAGCUAAAUGCUGCCAAUGAGGAGUUGAAGAAUGUGAAAUUAGAGAAAUCUAAGCUGGAAGAACAAGUAAACAAUUUGAAGAGAGAGCAGCAGCAACAAGCAGAGCAGCUGGCCUCAGCACAGAAGAGCCUGGCUCAGGUGAAAUUGGAGUUGGCUGAAGCACGUACCGAUAUGGACAAGAAGGCAGAAGAGCUAAGCAAGAUGAGCCAGGACUUCAUUGCACAGGAGGCGGCUCUUACUGACAUCAAGAGUAAGGAACUCCAGAUUCGCCAAAUAGCAAAGAAGUACAAGACACAAUACCAGGAGCUGGUGAAGACCAACGAGGAGGACAAAAAGAAGAAGGAGGCUGUGGUGAUGAGCCUAGAGGAGCAAGAGAAACUGCGAGAGGAAGGCAGGCAGGAGGCUGAGAGUAAACAGGCCGACAAGGUCAAGCAGCUCACAGACCAGGUGACAACCACACAGACGGAGGCCACCAAUCUACGCAAGGAGAAUGAACAGUUGCGACUAAACAGUGCUGACAAGGAGGAGCGUGCCAAGGUGUUGCUGAAGAACGCUCGAGCUCGCAUCAUGCUGCUAACUGAGGAGAAGCGGAAAUUAGCCACAGAGAAUACCGAACUCAAGACCAAAGUUGAUACCCUGGACCGCAAUAAAGAUGAUUCUGAUGUACGUCAGAGAAGAGCAGACAAGGAAAAGGCAGAUUUGUUAGCAGAAAAAGAACGGCUUGUUAGAGAAGUAGAUAUGCUCACUCAAAGAGCCAAUUUAUUGCAAAGACAAGUGGAUAAGUUGCAGGGAGGAGUGAAACCUUCCACUAGUUCUGGAGUGGAGAAGAGCUCAGUCGAACCUCCAACUGCCAACAUCAAACCCAUGGCUGGUCCUUCAUCUUCAGUGACUAAACAACAACCGACACAACAUUCUGUGACAGUGACUCCAUGGAGAGGAGGUGGUAGUGAGACUCCGUUUGCCAGUAUCCGGCCAAUGUCCUUGCAGUCCCGCACUGUGGCUGUGUUACCUACCACAAACCAGAGCAGCCAAGCAGUGCUGGUACCACCACAACAGCAAAUGGUACACACAAGCACUGGUACGGUGGAGGGCUUGUCGUCCUCGCCCACCUCGUCCCACACUGAUUACAUGCCAGCCACCAGCUCCGGGGUUGUAGUCACCAUACGCCAGGCCACUGUGCCUCCCACACAGUUACCUCCCCCAUCUGCAGAGUCCACUCAGGACAUGGAGGUGGAAGGUAGUCAGGCCAGUGUACAGGCUGGGGCCACUGCCAACCCACAGGCUCUGUCCAUAGCUCUGGUGUUACCACAGCCCACUGCCCAAACGUCCUCGCAGACUACCCAAACUCAGUGCCUGCAAGGAAGUGCCCAGGACUCGUCAGUAGGAUCAGCAUCAGCCAGCUCUCAACAAGAGCAGCGAGAGAGUGCUGAACAGAACGUAGUAUCAGCAUCAAACCACGUUCCCAGCGACCAGGGACUGGUGUCUGCCAGCAGCAACCAACAGAACAUGUGCAGCACAGUUCCGACCUAUUACAGACAGGAACUUGAAGAACCUGUGCAGGGUGUGGCCAGCAGUCACACUACAGCUACUGAGCAGUCUGUGGUGGCCAGCAGCGAGUCCCAACUAGCAGAGGCUAGCAACUCUGCUGAGCAGUCUCCAGCAGCUGUGGUAGCAAGCAGUUAUGCCAACAGCAGUAACACAGUAACCACCUCCCAGGCUGGACCGGGCACCAAGAGGCUCCGCGAUGCGUCAGGCCCCGCAGAAGAGGAUGCCUCUAAGUCGAUGCCACCCGCUAAGCGCGGACGGACAGGUCCAGUAAUGGAGGGAGGAGAGUGUUUGCUACGAGCGGACGGGCUGGAGGUGGAGUAUCAGGUACCGACGUCCAGCCAGCGGGAUCAGGAGGACGAUGUCAUACUGGUAGACUCAGAGGAGGAAGAAGAGGAAGAUGACGACGAAGGCUUGCCAGAUGACGGAGGAUUGGAUGAUGGGCAAGAGUUCGAAGAAGAACCUGACAAUGAAGAAGUCUACGAGAUGGAGGUUUACAGCCGAGAUGACCCGGAAAUUGCUAACUACGACAUCGGUGAAGGUCCAGACAUAGACGAAAAUAUUACAAACCAAGAUAAUAAUGAAGUUGAAAUUAUUGAUGAUAGUAACGAGGUGCCGAACCAGUCGGAGAGCAGCAGCAGUGGUGUGGUGGAGACUGGGGGUGCCAGUGAGGUGGGCGGGGAAGCUACCAGUAGUGGCCAGGGGCGACGUGAUGUCAGUGUCAGUAGCAAUCAGGCGACAUACACUCGGCGAGCUUCCGCCACCCAUAUCCCUCCUCUCAACAGGCAACAACAACUGCUUCUGCCUGGUAGCUACGAGGAGGUAGGAGAUGAUAGUAUAGUGCCCAGCACUCCCACACUGUUCGUGCCACGGCGCACUGAUGGCUUUGGUGAGGCUGUCAGUUCUCCUCAUGUUCCUUCUGCUAGGUUCACCUUUUCUGACAACAAUCCUCCUGCGCCUGCUACAAGAGCUGGUGUUGCCCAAGUAGCAUCUGAAGGAAUGGAUGACACCAGGAUGGACCUGAGUCAGCUGGAAGACUCUGGAACUGGAAGAAGUGUGCCAUCAACUCCUCUCCAGGUUUCCCCUCAAGAACCAACGGCUGCUGAGGUGGGUCAGAGCAUGUCGACUGAAGACCUUUCAGAGACUAACAACAACCUGCACAUUCCCUCUAUUACCAUUACUGCGGCUCCUAUUGUUCAAGAGAUGCCCCCACCUGCAGAAGUAGAAGACGCAACUGCAGAAGAAGGUAGAGAUGUGCGUGAAGAAGAUAAUGAAGGGGCAGUAGUGGAGAUGGAUCCGGAAAUGGAUCCUGAAGAGAGUGGAGAUGGAGUGAGUUCGGAAGGUGAGAAGUCAACAGCUGUGAUAGACGAAGUAGAGGAAGGUCGGGAAGCGGAGGCUACGGAGACAGCAUCUGUACCCAGAGGCUCUGGCACGGCACGGCGGUCAGUGAGGCCUGGGACCGUGAGAGGCCGCGCCACCCGUAACCCCCCUACCCCUAUUGUCUGGGAUGAAGAUCCACCAUCAUCAGCAGCUGUCAGAGUUAUACCUGUAAGACGAUCUCCUCGAACCCACAGACCUAAAUUGAUCAGGAACAAGUCCUUUGUUCCUUAGAGGAAGGACACUCACCAUGACUACUAGAAGUUCCAUACUAGACCAGAGUCGUGGUAACUUUCGAGGACGCCCCAGAAGAGGAAGAGGUCCCUUUCAUUUCCAGCCUAGAUUUUAAGUUAAUAUUUUAAAAGUGUAUUUUUGUGUACAUUACUAUGAACAUCAUUUUGUAUUUUUUGUAACACCAGUCUCUGACAUUUUUAAUUAUACAUCAUUGUUGGUGUUUAUUUAUAAGUAUGUAUCGUCAAUCUAGUUAUUUGUAAAAUUGACAAAUGAAUUAGUUCUGUAGCUUUUUCUGAUGUUAUUCUUUUUUAUAAAUAAAUAAUUUUCAAUUAAGAA